GAAAUCAUCUAAAUGUAAUGCAAAAAUAGGUAAAAAUAUAAAACAUUGCAAUAUUAACUUUAAGUCGAUUUAAACAGACUAAAUCAAUCUUCAUUACCGAAGACUAACACUGUUAACACUCAAAACAUACCAAGAUCUAGUAGAAAUAAGUUGUACAUAACUGAAUCUAUUACCAACUUCAUCUCUUUGAUCAUUUGCAGCAAUUUCAAAUCAUCUCAACCUGCAUAUAACUGAAUAUCGUAUAACAAAAAAAGCACCAUCAUACAAACACAGCUCUUUUUUUUUUUUUUCAGUAUAUGGUCUGAUAUAGUUGACAACGUUUUACGGUUUAAGUUCUAGUAUAUUUCACAUUCCCACGUUAUCAAUAUGGCUAAGAGACCAUUAGGAUUAGGUAAGGCUUCCAAAGCCAAGAAACAAAAGAAACCGAUUGAAGAAAAAGAAGAAUCGAUUGAAGUUGGUUCCACUGAAGAUCAAGCUGGUGAAGGUGAACUUACGGUUGAAUUAAAAGAGGAAGCUGAUGCUGAUGAUGAGUUGGCUCAAUUACAAGCUUUAUGGAAUACGUAUUUUGAAUCUGAUCGUGAUAAUGAAUUGGUGUUGAAUGGAAUCGUUCAUGAAUGUGAUCGUUUAUUAAGAAAUAGUAAUGAGAAAGCUGCAGAUGAAAGUAAAGAAGGUAAAGAGGAGGAAGAUGAUGAUUCAUUACCUGAUUUCUUUUACGCAAUCUAUGCACUUUCAUUAGCUGAAUUAAGUAAUUUCCAUCCUGAUGAAGUUGAAUCCUAUUUCAAAGAAUCCUUAGAUAGAAUUGAAAUAGGAUUGGAGAAAUAUUCAGAAUCCAGAGUGUUGUGGUUCGCAGAGAGUAAGAUUUUAUUAUUAAAACUUUCUUUACAACACGUUUCGCAAUUAACCAUCGAUACAGAAGAGGAACAUGGUCAACAUAUGGAAUUGGAGAAUAUUUUAGAUGAAGCUUAUCUUUCUUUUGGUGCAGCACUUGUAAGCUGUAAAAUGAAUAACGAUUAUAGUUUAAUAAAUCGUGAGACUUAUGAAUUUUUUGAAAUUUUAGAUGAUUUAUUAGAUAUCAUAAAUAAUUUCGGAAAACAUAACAAAGAAGAAGAUGACGAGGAAGAAGAUGAUGAUGAAGAUGAUGAUACAGAAUUAGACGAGCUUCAUCCAUUAUCACCUAUUCUUGAAGAUUUCAAAUAUAAUCAAUGGUUGAAAGAUAAACUUAUUGAAUUUUCAGAUUUUUUUGUAAAGUUCAAAUAUGAUAAAACUUCUCCUGAAGAUGUAUCAUUAUACCGUGAUAUGUCGAAACGUAUUGGUCAAUGGUAUUUACGAGAAGCUGAAAUCCCAAUUAAAGUCUAUACUACUUUAACCUAUGAUGAUGAAUUCGAAGGAAUUGAAGAAUAUGAAGGAUUAACAGUAAAUGAAGCUCAAUCAAAAGGUCAAAAUUCUUUAAAACUUGCAUUAGAUGCUUUAAAACAAGCUCAAGAUGAAGAUGAUCCUGAAACUUGGGUUGCUGUGGCUGAAUGUAUGAUAAGUUUAGGUAAUUUAUAUCAACUUGAUUGUAAAGAUCAAGAAUUUUAUUAUAAAUCAGCUGAAGAAAUCUUAAUUAAAGCUAAUAUUAGUACAAAUGGUAAAUAUGAUGAUAUAUUAGAAAAUUUAUUAGAUAAUUAGAUACUUAAAAAAAAAAAAUAGAAUAAUGAGAGGCAAGACGUUAAAAAUGGAGGAGGAUAAAAAUCUAUAUUAAAUUUAUAUAAAUAACAAUGAAUAAAACUGAUGAGUUAUAUAAUUUUAAAAUGGGGAAUUAACUUGAAAUUGAAGUGGAA